UGAAAGUUAUUGUCAACAUGGACUCCAGGCCUCAGAGCAAGACAAUGGUUUUGGAUGUCGGGACAUGGGAGCAGACUUUUCAAGAGCUGAUCGGGCAGGAGAAACCCAGGGCCAGAUGGACCCUGAAGUUGGAUGGGAAACUUCGGCCAGACUGUGUGGCCCUCGGGUGGAAGCAAUACCAGCAGAAAGCAUUCGGCAGGUUCUUGUGUUCUUCAUGCCGUCGAAGCUGGGCUUCCGCCCAAGUGCAGAUCCUAUGUCACAUGUACCUGGAGCGCCGGACAUCCCAGGGCAAGGUGCUCAUGCGGCUCUUUGGUCAGAGGUGCCAGAAGUGCUCCAAGUCUCAAUUUGAGAAGCCUGAGUUCUCCCCAGACAGCAGCAAGAGGAUUCUGAACAACCUGGUGGAGCGUAUUCUGGAGAGAUUCUACAGAAACGGCAUCAGGAAGGUUUCGGAGGCACCAGUGAUCCCGGAGGUGCCUUUGAACGGGCACCAUGACAUGGCCAACUGUGAGGCGUGCGUUCUGGGCAUGUGUAUACAGAACUUACAAAACUGCACAAUGGAGCCAGCCACAUCCUCUCUCUCUCACAUGAAGACUGGGAGUUCCUCUCCUCGCAUUGGUGAUGUGUGUGGCCCAAACCGGGCUGGGAACCAGUCAGCUGAGACAAAGGAGACUCAGGGAAGUGGGUAUUCCUGCACCCAUAAAGGCUCAGGACCUGGCCAUGCCACUGCUGGGACCCAAAUGCCUAGGGCGGGCCCUCAGGUCAAACGGGAGGCGGGCCAAAUGCUCAUACCAGGAGCAGACUGGCAGGCUGCACGGGGAACAGGCCCACAGCCCAUCCUCGUAGCAGGAUCACUUCCCUCAGGGUGGACAGAGCUAAGGCCCAUCCAAGCAGUAAGCCCACUAGCUACAGGGCGGACACAUUCACAGUCCACACUGCGGACAAGACCACGGGCCGCCCGGAUGACGUAUUCUCAGGCUAUAAGGAUGUCAGGCCAACAGCUGACGCAGGAGGCACAAACCACACAAGGGGCAGGUCUUCAGGUGAAAGACCCACAGUCCACACGGGGGGCAAUCCCAAAGGCCACAGCAGGGUCGGACACGCAGGCUCCAGGGAGGGCAGGCCCCCCACCACCGGGGUCAAACUCACAGCCCACACGGGGGGCAAUUCCAAAGACCACGUCAGGGUCAGACACGCAGGCUCCAGGGAGGGCAGGCCCCCCACCACCGGGGUCAAACUCACAGCCCACACGGGGGGCAAUUCCAAAGACCACGUCAGGGUCAGACACGCAGGCUCCAGGGAGGGCAGGCCCCCCACCACUGGGGUCAAACUCACAGCCCACAUUGGAGACAGGCCCCGGGGCUGCAUGUAGGACCUUUGGUGGAAGCCAAGUUGCCUACAGGCAGGGGAGGUGCUCACCUGGAGGAUCUGCUCCAGACAGCGUUUUCAGAUUCUCUCCCCCAGUGCCACCAAAUGAUUCCCUUAACCAGGAGCAGUUGAUCAGGUGGGGCUAUGUCUGUGUUGUUGCUCUCUUUGCCUUUUUUGUAUCUAAAUGCUUAUAAGUAGAAUAAUGGAAAAAAAGACUUGUCUUCUCUUAAUUCCAUUUUAACAUGACAGAAUUUUCUUUGGGACCAAUGCAGGGUUAAGUUUACAGAAUAAGCACCGGUUCCCGCACCUCCUUUGCAGAUAGUUUAAAACAUGACCUAGCAGAUAAUGGACCCAAUAAUAAAUACUUGUUAAAUCAUUAAAAGAUUUUCACUCAUUCAUUCACUCGUUCAUUGAUAUCAAUAUACAUAGACCACAUCCUGACAAGAACUGAACAUCUUGAGUUUCAUCAGAAAGUUAUUGUAGUGGGCCGAAUAACAGUUCCCCCAAAAUGUUCAUGUCCUAAUCUCCAGAACCUGUAAUAUGUUACUGUACAUGGCUAAAGGGACUUUUCAGAUGUGAUUAAUUCAAGGAUUGCAAGAUGAAAUUAUCCUGGUUUAUCCAGAUGGGCCAAAUGUAAUCAUAUGGGUCCUUAUAGGAGAGAGGCAAGAAGGUCAAAGUCAGAAAAAGGAAAUUUAACUAUAGAACCAGAGAUAGAAGUGAUGUGCUGUGAAGGUAGAGGAAGGGGUCACAAGCCAAGGAAUGCAGGCAGCCCUUAGACGCUCAUAAAGGCAAAGAAAUAUAUUCUCCCCUAGAGCCUCCAGAAGGAACCAGCUCUUCUGACACAUGACUUUAGCCAAGUAACACUGAUUUUAGACUUCUUUGUUUUUUUAAAGAUUUAUUUUAUUAUUUAUCUAUUCUUUUUUGGCUGCAUUGGGUCCCCGUUGCUUUGCACGGGCCCUCUCCAGCUGCUGCAAGUGGAGGCCACUCCUCACUGAGGUACAAGUGUUUCUCAUUGCGGUGGCCUCCCCUGUCGCAGAGCACGGGCUCCAGGUGCGUGGGCCCCAGCAGUUGUGGCACGUGGGCUUAGUGGCUGUGGCUCGCAGGCUCCAGAGUGCAGGCUCAGCAGCUGUUGUGCACGGGCUCAGCUGCUCCACGGCAUGUGGGAUCCUCUCAGACCAGGGCUUGAACCCCUGUCGCCUGCAUCAGCAGGAGGAUUCCUAACCAUUGAGCCACCAGGGAAGCCCUGAUUUUAGACUUCUAACCUCCAAAACCAUAAGAUAGUAAAUUUGUGUUGUUUUAAGGCACUAAAUUCAUGGUAAUUUGUUACAGCAGCAAUAGGAAAUUAAUACAGUUGUCAAUAUCACUUCAGGGAUCAGGCUAUUAUGUUUUAGGUAUGCUUUAGCUUUAACCACAGCAAAAAAGAGCACAGAUCAGAAAUAUUGACCUACCCAUCCCCUCUUGUUAUUUUUCCUCUCCUACUUAAACCCACCCAGAUAUCCCCAUCCUAAAGAGAUUUUCUAAGCAGUCAUCACAUCAAAGGGAAUCUGUUUAGAAUGGAGGUAUUUGGGUGGGCUUAAGUAGUUUGGUGACCUCUGGAGCUAUCAUAUGCUUUCACUCCUUCUAGCACUGGAUUGGGAAGCAUGUAAAAACACACCAGUCCUGAGAUCUUGUGACGCAUAGCUCCAUCCUUCACUCUCUAUCUCCAUCUGUCUGCUAGGCAUUUCUACAUGAUUCUCACACUGCCAUCUCUACAUUCCCACAUUCAAAAUCAAGCUCAUCAGCAUCUCUGACUUUCUUGUUCUAAUUUGCCCCAGUCACUGAAGCUUAUCACCAAGGCUUAUUGUCCCUUCUUUUGUCAAGUGGUUCCCAUCUCUUGCUGCUAUGUUUUCCUAUCAAACCCUCUCCCCAGCCAAUUCAGGGAUUUGGAUUAUUGAAAUAAAUGGGAUUUGGAUUUUACCCCAUAGGCAGUGGGUAAUCUUUGCAAGCAUUUGAGAAUAUGGGCAAUUUGAGUAGAAUGACAGUUUUAAACUUUUAUAUCUUUCUGGCAAAGAAUGGAGUAUAGGAUAGAGAUAGUAGGAGCCUGGCUUGAAAUGGGAGAGUGGUAAACACAGAGGAGGGUUGUUGUAGACAAUAAAUAUCUUGAAGGAAUUUAAAGGCAAUGAAAUGCAUGAUGGCAGAAAACCCAAGGAUGAAAACACUUCCCUUUUUUUCUGGCCAUCUCUUUUCAUUUCUUCUCACACAACUCCCAUUAUCACUCUCCAUUUAUAUAUGCCCCAUCCCCAAACCACUUUACUAAAUGUCUGUAUUCCUCCUGUUUUCAUACCUUUUUGUUUCUUUCAUAAAGAAUGUACACCUGGGGACUAGAGACUGUAUUUCUAGCCUGGUUAUGAGAUAUGUCUGGUGCAGGUCACUAUCCCUCCCUGAGCCUCAGUUUCUCCAUCUACAAAAUAGGUUAAUGACUUCUAAUUAAACAUGGAAGAUUGAACACAUGCACUGUCUUCUGAUCGGUCUUGAAAUACUACUGCAUGACAGUAAAAGGGGGAAAAAGGCAUCAGUUCACAAGGGGAAAGAGAAUGGGUGGAAGCUACAAAACUGAUGGAUUAGUGAUGGGCUACUGACUUAGCAGAGAGAUCUGGAAUAGAUGUUAGGCAAAGGAAAACCAAGGUACAGGGUACUUGAUGUGGCACAAUUUCAGAAAGGUUCAAAAACUGUAGGCAGCAAGUAGCUCUGAAGGUGGGUGUUAGGAAGCCUGAAGUGGGAGGAUUGGUUGAAAACCUUUAGAAAAAGUUCCUUUUCCCCACUCCAAUGCACCCCUGUGACCACUCUUAAACCACACCAAGGUGAAGAAUGGAGGUUUAUUCUCUGAAGACAUUGACCCAGUGGAACUCUGGGCUUAGGAACUUGGGCAUAGUUAAGGAAGGGAGUAUCACCCAGCAAUCAGAAAGACAGUGAAAGUCUACAUACUGACUAGAGGCACUCCCUUAGCCCACUACCAAAUCUAGGAGCCAGCAUUGCAUCCUACUCACCCUCCCAUUAAAUACACGGAAGUUCCUCAUUGGGAAAACUGGUCAGCUCAAGAGAGAGAAAAAAAUACAUAUACUGAAAUGGGGGAAGGGGUUUCCUCCAAUGGAAUGACCAACUCAGAUCAUAUAGUACUGUAGUAUAUAUUUGUUGAAAAAACAACUGCGUAUAUGUGGACCCAUGCAGUUCAAACCCAUGUUGUUCAAGGGUCAGCUGUAUAUGUAAACUACUAGAAAUAAUAAUGGGAAUAAUUCUGUAUGCAAGGAAAGCAGGAUGUGUUUUUGGCUAAAAAAAGGUAUGAUAUAUGGAGAUGAAUUUUUGUUAAUGGAAAAGAAAGUAAAUUUGUUCUAAAGUAAAACUGAUUAUUUCGGGAAUGAAAAGAGGAAAACAGAGAAAUAGAGGACAAAUUGUGGACAUAUCUAUAUCUAUAUCUAUAGAAAGAGAGGGAGAUUAAGCACGAGCACAGGAAAUUCUACCUUGUCUAAUCAAAUUGGCGAAAAUUGAAUUAUUAUUAAAAGGGUUUUUAAAAUAAGCCUUAAUAUUAAUAGUGUACUUAUAUACAAGUAAAACUUGAUUUUUUUUCAUCUACUGAAAAGUUUUACUGGACUGCUGGUCUGCUCCUGAUAAGAGAUUGUGAAAAGUUUUUCUUUACCUAUUAAAUAAUCUUCCUAAAAAGCAGAAGUGCUAUGUUUUAUCAAAAUAAUUUCCUGUGCUUCAUGUCAUCUUAAUCAAGUCUUUGAUAACUUAAGAAAACUGAAUCUUCUCUAAAUUAAAAGAGUGAAAUUUUGUUAACAACCAUGUAACAGUCUAUAUUUGCCUUUGAAACACUUUAUUGUCACUUUGUCAAAUAGAUAAUUAGGUAUUGUUUAUUAAUAAUCUGUGAUCCUAUUUAGUAAAGUGGCCAGAACUUUUGAUACUUUUGACAAACUUCCUGAAAUUAAAUUCUAAAUGAAGUCUUUUUGACCACAAACUAACUUUGGGAUUUCCCAGAGGGCCCCUGGAACAUCUCAAAAGAUUUGUUCUCUCUCCUUCUUCUUCUUUUUUUUUUAAUUAAUUAUAAUUGUUUUACAAUAUUUAGUUUCUGGUGAACAGCAGAGUGAUCUAGUUAUAUAUAUAUUCUUUUUUAUAUUCUUUUCCCUUAUGGUUUAUUAUAGGAUGUUGAAUGCAUUUCCUUGUGCUAUACAGUAGGAUCUUGUUUAUCUAUUUUAUAAAUACUUUGUAUCUGCUAAUCCCAAAUUCCUAAUUUAUCCCUCCUGCACCCCCUCUCUCCUUUGGUAACCAGAAGUUUGUUUUCUAUGUCUGUGACUCUAUUUCUGUUUUGUAUACAGAUUCAUUUGUAUUAAUUUUUAGAUUCGAUAUAUGUGCUCUCAUAUAAUAUUUGUUCUCUCUUUAAAGAGGCGAUAUGCUGAAUUAAUUAGGCUUGUUUGAUAUGUUGGAUUAUGUGAGAAACAUUGCCAAAUGAAUGAUGCUAAACCUUCUUAGAUUAUAUUUCUGUGGCUACAUGUUAUUUAUACAUGUUCCAGAAAUUGUAUAAAAUCUUAUAUGCCCUGGUAUGUUAUCACUCUAAAUUCUAAUUAUUAUCUUGAAAUGUUGUGUUACAGAAAUAAGCAAAUUUCCUUGUCAACUGCAUGAUAAUGAACUCUCAUGAGAUUUUUAACCAUGAUCAUUUUAAAGUCUUUGUCAUUUACAGAGAGUUACUUUUACUUUUAUGCUUUUACAAAUAUGUUUCAUUUUCAGAGAGAUUCAUGGAAAGGGCUCAAGCAAGUACGCUAGAAUACAGAUUUCUGAAAACUUUAAGAUCAUGAAACUGAACUGGGUAGGAAGUUCCAGAACUCAUGGGAAAACUGGAUUCAAGCAGACCAAGAAUCAAUAA